UAGAACUACCCCCAAUAACUAAACCUUUGUUGCUUUAUUUGAAAUUAACGCAAGUCUCCGUUUAAUUCAGUUUAUUCUCAUUUCAGCGAACCGUAAAAUUAAAAGUCCGAUUGAUAAUUAGAAUCACCUCGCUACAGUUCUUACUCAAAAUCAUAAAAUUGUGUUAUUAUUUUGGUCAGAAUGGAAGUAGACGGAGAAAUUAAGAGACACAACAGUUUUACAAGUCCAAACAGAAGAGCUCCUAUAGCCAAAAGAGCAGGACGAGAACGUUGUCAUAGCUAUCAUGCUCAAACAGCAGAACAACCUAAAACGAAUCAGUUAAAUCCUGAAAUUCGUCUGGAGGUACCAAAGAUGUCGUUUAGGGUGGUCCGCAGUUCGAAGUUCCGCCACGUUUACGGGCAAGCUCUGAAACGUGAGCAAUGUUAUGAUAACAUAAGAGUAUCAAAGAGUUCGUGGGACUCCACUUUUUGUGCGGUGAAUCCAAAGUUCCUGGCGAUAAUCGUCGAGUCGGCGGGCGGAGGCGCCUUCAUAGUGCUGCCACACAAUAAGGUGGGUCGCAUCCCGGCGGACCACCCAUUGGUGGGGGGGCACAAGGGCCCCGUGCUGGACAUAGCGUGGUGUCCGCACAACGACAACGUCAUCGCCAGCGGCUCCGAGGACUGCGUCGUCAAAGUAUGGCAGAUCCCGGACGGCGGUCUCAGCCGCACGCUGACGGACCCCGUGGUGGACCUGGUGUACCACCAGCGGCGCGUGGGGCUGGUGCUGUGGCACCCCACCGCGCAGAACGUGCUGCUCACCGCCGGCUCCGAUAACCAGAUAGCGAUAUGGAACGUGGGCACCGGCGAGGUGCUGAUCAGUCUCGACUGCCACCCGGACCUGAUCUACUCCGCGUGCUGGAACUGGACCGGCUCCAAGCUCCUCACCACCUGCAGGGACAAGAAAAUCAGGAUAAUCGACCCUCGUAAAGGCGAGGUGGAGGCGGAGGCGAUCGCUCACGAGGGCAGCAAGGCCUCGCGCGCCAUCUUCCUCAAGCACGGGCUCGUCUUCACCACAGGAUUCAGCCGCAUGUCGGAGCGGCAGUACUCGCUGCGGACGCCGGACGCGCUCAACGAGCCGAUCGUGACGGUGGAGAUCGACACCAGCAACGGCGUGAUGUUCCCGCUCUACGACCCCGACACCAGCCUCAUCUAUCUCUGCGGCAAGGGCGACUCCGUCAUCAGGUACUUCGAGGUGACGCCCGAGCCGCCCUUCGUUCACUACAUCAACACCUUCCAAACACCGGACCCUCAGAGAGGUAUCGGCAUGAUGCCGAAGCGCGGGUGCGACGUGGCGACGUGCGAGAUCGCCAAGUUCUACCGCCUCAACAACUCCGGACUCUGUCAGGUGGUAUCAAUGACGGUGCCUCGCAAGUCUGAACUGUUCCAAGAGGACCUGUACCCAGACACGCUGAGCGACGAGGCGAGUCUCACGGCGGACGAGUGGCUCGCCGGCGAGGACGCCGAGCCGUGCACCAUGUCGCUAAAGGAGCGCGCGCUCGUUGUGCAGGGCGGCUACGUGUCGGCGCGCGGCGCCACGCAGCUGCACGUCACCAAGAAGAACGCGCUCGCCGCCGCCAAGGAGCGCGACAAGGACCGCUCGCCCACGCCCGCCGCGCGCAGAGACGACAGCCACGCCGGCACCCCCGCCUCCGCCACGCCGCCGCCCGCCGCCGCCGCCACCGCCGCCACCGCCGCCAUCGAGAAACAACUGUCAGACCUGGUGGACGAGAUCCGCAAGCUGAAGUCGGUGAUAGUGAAGCAGGAGAACCGCAUCCGCGCGCUGGAGGCGCUGGUGAAGGCGCCGCCGUCCCCUGCCCCCGCGGCCCCCGCCGCGCCCGCCGCGCCCGCCACGCCCCCGCCGGACCAGGCCGACGACGGACUCGCGCCCGACGAGGUCUGACCGGAUACACUGCUGAGUGUUUUUAAUCGAGAUACCGGGGUUAUAGCUUUCUAAUAUUGAUAUAUUGAAGACUCCUUUUUUUAAUAGUUUGAACAGUUUCGCUAACUUAUAUGUGAUUACUCACAUAGAUAAUACCCGUAGAUACCGGCACAAUCGCUACCUAUAUUUCGACUUUAAAUAUAUAGCAUUAUGUCAGCUCGGGUUACUUGUCAUGAAAUAAGCUAGUGAUGUCUCAGAGAAUAUAUGAGUGCAAAAUACUAUCAAAACAUCCCCUUUUAUAAGUGAUAUGAGUUGUAAUUCAAAGACGCUUUAUUAUACUAUGGAUAGAAUUUCAAAAAUAGGAUUGUAUGCAAAGUCUAUUAACCCGAAAACAUUAUGAAAACACUCGAUUACUUCAAGGGUGAUGAUAAAUAUUUUAAAUCAAUAUUAUUAAUGCUAUUCCCUAAAUAUAUUUACUACCCAAGCAAACAACGAAAAACUCGAUAAAAACACAAUAAUAUUAAGUUUUUUUUUUACAAUAUCUAAAUAAAUCGCUUUCCGACUCGAGCAACGGAUGUCUUUGAUGAAAUUUAGAAUUUAAUAUUAUGAAAAAGCGAAACUUGACAAUAAAUACGUGCUUAUGAUCGAAAUGUGGAACGACGGCGAGUCAAUUUUUCAUUGGCAAGCGCUUUGGGUGCAUUGACGUACAAAAUGAUCGGACACUAUAAAAUAUAUUUAAAUGUAUUUAUUGAAAAAAUAUAUUUUUAACAAUUAUAAUGUCAAUUAAUUUAAAAAUUGAUUUGAAACUAUAAAGUCUGUUACAAAUAACAUAAAUUUAUAUACUGUACAAUAUGGCGAUCUUUUGUCCGUCAGUGUAAGAAUUUUAUUUAUUUAUAUGAAUAAAUUUGUAAAUAGUAAGUUAGUUGUGCAAGUGAUAAAUCUAUACAUUAUGUGCCUUAAUAUUCGUUUAUGAAAUAUAUACAUAAUAUAAUCAUUGUCAUGUAUUCGGCAUCAUUGGCGGGUUGUGUAUUUCUUGCAUUUAGUUCACGCGAUUGUGCAGCCAGCAAAAACAUUGUAGUUUUUAAAUAAUUAAUUACUUUUUUUUGAUAAUACUGAAUUAAAUUCAAUAGUCUUUCAAUGUUAACAAUUUAUUUGAACUUGAAACAUUUGGCCGCCACUGUAUAACUGACUGUAAGAGCUGACUGUCAUGAUAGAAUCAUUAAAGUUUAUACAAUGUUAUCGUACAUUAAAUUCUAUUUUGAUAAGGUGGUGUACACCGUCUGUAGUAACCAUUUUUGAAAGUGUUUACGUGCGUUAUUGAAGUUUUUAAUUUCGACUGUAGUUUGCUGCGCAUUAGUUUUAUUUAAAUCAUUGCUGAUAGGUGUCCGUAGGCUAGAAUUAUACCUUGUAAAUUGUAAUAUUCUUGUUCCUUACAUGGUGUUGUAGUUGACGAAAUACAGGUAUGAUAACACCUCUAACUAUCUCUGACAAGGGAAUCGGCGUGAUGCUGUGUUUUAAAUUACUGAUGUAUUCAAUCUUAAACUAUUAAGGAUUGCGUAACUAAUAGUCAUAGGUAAAUGCCUUAAAACGGACACUUAAGUGAUUGAAGAAACGAAAUAAAUAAUUUAAAUAUUGAAUUAUUUAAAAUUCUGGAACCAAUUCCUCGUGUCUUCCAGAUAUUUUUUUUUAAGAAUAUUUAAUGAACAGACGCGAAAACCUACGAUGUUAUAUAUAUAUAUAAAAAUACAUUAAUAUGUUGCCAUCUUUGAAAAUCAAGCGGGCAACACAGUCGAAAUUUCAUUAAUUUCAAUAGCAAACGUAAAUUGUUUUUGUGCUGAAUAUAUUUAUUUAUUUGUAUGAAUGUUUGUAUGAGCUGUUGGAUCAGGCACAUUGAGAUGAAGUGGAUUUUUACUUCUCACAUCACUUGUCUUUUUACCAGUGUGUUUUCUUCUAUUACGGAUAUUUUAGACUCCAAAAGGCGUAGUAAGUGACCCUAGCGAGGUGUCACUCGUUAAUGUAAUGACUUCGUCUUAAUUAUAAAUAGAGUAGUAAAUGGUGCCAAAUUAUAAUUAAAGCAGUGAAUUUUCGCCUACUUUGUCACAAAUGUGCCAGAUCCAAGACAACAUUGGAUCGCUUGCAAUGCGCAAACGAAAAUAUUUAGCCACUCUUGUGAUGUCGUAUUUUUAGUGUUGCUGAUGUUUUUAGAAAUCAUUUACAUAAAAUCAUACAAUUAAGUGGCAUUUAGAUAUAAAAAAAUCAGGCUAAUUCAAUGGGCUUCAAAUAUUUUUUUUCAAUUUUAGUCAAAUGAUAUAGUUGCAAGCGAGUUAGUGUUGUGACAGCUCUGUAGUUAGUAAGAGUCCAGUAACUCGGUGCUUAUCGCAAUAAUGUCUCGUUAACUUAGCCAUUACGCUUCUAAACACUUGCUGGCUCAAUGCAUUAUUAAUAAUUAUUGUAUUUACCAUUAUAAUAGUGUAAGUUUUCGUUUUAUUGUGUUUAAGUUUUGUCAUUUUCGGCGCCGCAUUAUUCCCAAAAAGAACACCCUGUGUAGCUUUGACAAGUGUAGGUUUUUUUUUUAGUUUUGACACAUGAACGUCAAAGGACCACGGAAUAAAUUAUAGGACCAUUAUAAAUAAGUUUCAGUAUACAUUUCGAUAACAGGGGAAUGAGAUAUCGUUCGGUUCUUUUCGGCAGCUAGUCAUGUCACUUGUGUAUCUUGACAUUUGACAGUAAAGUCACCUGUCCCCGCGCAACAGAGUAUUAUCACUAGUUUAAAUUAAAAAACAAAAGUAUAGUAUUAUUGUGACGAUAAUAAUGUUCUAUUAUUAUAUCUAUAUAUAUUUUUUAAUUGUAAGAUGGCGUAAUUUAGAUGUUCCAUUUUAAGAUCAUGACAAGGUGAUGUAUGAUUUUUUUUUUCUCUAAAUGUAAACGUUAAAUGCUUGUUUUUUAAUUCACUUUCGAUGGAUAUAUGUGUAAAUUAUUACUUGUCUGUUUGUGAAGCUUGUAAUUUUUUUUAAUUUUCGAGUUUUUUUUUUUUGUUCUUAACUGAGGUGCAGUAAAGCUGAGUACUUACGGACAUACAAAGUGUUGUGGAUUGUGAACCACCGCUUAGACGCUUUCCUACUAAAUCUAUUGUUAUGUCUUGUACUGAGCGAGCCGGUCUGGCUGUUGACACUGGUUUAACGCGUAUUCUGUGGGUCCGCCGUUCAGGGGUUCGAUUUGCUAAUGGUAAUAUUCCUUAUAAAGUUACGUCAACAGUUAAAAUUAACCGUGUAUCAAUUAAAAUGCAUACCACUAUGGUCAAACAUCUAGGUGAUUCAUUCUUCCUAGUAUGUGCCCCGGUGACCCACAACACAACUGAACCCAGGACAACGGCUGUAAGAUCUAAAAACGCUCGCGUCUAUGUAAAUAGCAACUCGUUUUUUAAUAGAAAAAUUUUAUAAUAUAUCAAAAGCGAAAAUAGUAAAAUAUUUUAACGCACAAUUAUUGUUAAACUAUUGUCAGUCUUAACGGCUGGGUUUACGGGUGGUUUUGAAGUGGCGGUAAAGUAUAUAAUUUUUUGCAUAUCGAAUUAAAGAGAACGGUGAUUUUUUUUUUAUUAACGUCAGAAUUUUAUUAAAUAAUGUAGUUUACAAUUUAAAGAAUAAAUAAAAUUAAUUAUACGAAAACAGUAUCUAAAUAAGUAUUAUAAAAGUAUUAUUUAAGUCUUGUACCAUGAUUAUGUUAACCUUUUCUACACAUAAGAAAAAGCAACAAGAGAAUUGUGAAAAAAAAUUAUAAUGGUUUUUUCGAUGACUUAAAUGGCGGCAAAAAUUUUAGAACCAAGUAGCAAUUCUACACAUGUGAUGAUAACUGUAGGUGGGAAUGCUCCAACUAGGUUUGUAGUACCAAUCUAUCGACAUUUGACUUAAUUUUGUCUAGACUUCUUUACCGUCACUUCAAACCACAAUAUAAUAUAAAAUUGUAAUUAUAAAAGCAAUAUAAGAUAAGCCUCCACACUGGUGCUAUAUACAGUCGUGCCAAAAUUCGUUCCAGUUUUGAACUAUCGAUUGUCGACUAUCGAUUAUCGACUAUCGAUGUAAUGUAGGUGUAAGUGCCUUGUUGUGUUUAAUACUCAAAAUGAUUGAUAUGUUACACAUAAAUAUACGUAUUUUACUAUUUUCA